GAGGGUGGUAUCGAUCGCCGGCGGCUGGCUGCCCGCUCCGUGGCGUCACUGUGCUCCUGGCCAGAGAACGUCGCAGGCGACGGAACAGCGCACACCUGGCCUCACAUCUGUCGACACGGCACAGUGAGCUGGGUUUGACGGCGGACGGAGGUCGUGGUGGUCAACUUGACUCGCUGAGGUGAAGCUCUGGUGACGGACGGAGCGGCGGCGGCCAGGAGCGGCGGCGGCGGUCGGCGCGCGCAGCGCAACAUGAAUCGCGACUUGGGAGCGGGGCCGGGUGUCCGCUGAGAGUGCUCCGAUGAGUGCCCCAUGGGUGCCGCACGGUAUGAGCGCGGGCCGCGGCGGGGCACCUGCAGAGUGACGCUGAUGUCAGACCGGCUCGGCUUCUGUGCGGCUCUCCUGUUCGCCAGCCUGGCUUCAGUGACGGCAGUUCAGACGGCUGACCGCGCGCGCUCCACCGACAAGCCGCUACUCUGCUACACGUGUAGCUCCAGAAACAACUCCAGCGGCGCUGUCUGCGAGAACGGCACUCUCAUCCAGCAGAUGCCGCCGGACAGUGGGUGGCAGAAUCAGUGCGGCGCACAGCACACGUCCUGUAUGGUGCAAGUCUACAAGACGUCAAGCACUGCGAACGCAUCCGCAGCGCUAGUGGAACGCAUUUGGUCGGUGGAAAGACAGUGUGCAGAGGACUGCGAUGCCGGCUGCCUUGUGGUGGGCGAGCGCACGAAAAUCAUAAAGUGUGUCUAUUGCUGUAGCGAAGACUUGUGCAACUUCGCGGACGGUGCUGCCAGCUCGCGGCAAGCUGUGAAAGCUCUGUUAUGUGUGGCGCUACUAGCGCUGUGGCUCGUGGUGAAAUAGCGAUGAAGAGUGGAUCUGCGGUGGACUGUAAGUGAAAUGAUGAUUUUGGUGAAGGUAGAGCUGUUGUCUAACAGGCGUGUUUCGUUUUUACAACCAAGGAGAGACGCUUUACCCGGAGAGGUUUCUUUCUAACCAAACCAACCCAACCUAACCUAGACUAACCCAACCUACAACCUACCUAUACCUAUACCUACCUACCUACCUACAACCUCCAAGCCUAUCUACCUACAGACUACAACCUAAAUACCUACAACCUACAAACUAAAAACUACAAACCUACAACCUACGAACCUAAAACCUACAAACUUACAAAGGGCCAAAAGUAGGUAUCUGCGGGUAGCAGGCUGCGAAUCCUCGACCUUUGAAUUUUGAGGCAGGCACUUUAACCACUAGGUACAACACGCAACAAUGGCUGGCGGCAACAAGAUGUUUGACAGUUAAAAAUGACAACGCGGUAUUCGCCGGUUAGCGCCUCUCCUUGGUUGGAAAAAGGAAAUGAGCUCUUGACAGGGACACCUGUACCUAAUUGUACUUGAAAAUGUGCAAGGUGUUGUUGGACUGAUUUCUUAGUUUUUGUUAUCGCCUUCCUUUUGCGCACCUCCUUCCAUUUGGGCGGUGUAGCUGACUGCUGUGCUGUGCGCAUUAGCUGAUGGCCAUGGCUGAUAAAACCUAAUUUUGAUGGGAAGCAUGGUUUCAAGUUUUAACUGACAAAGAUGCAUUGACAUGUCCAAUGCCGCCCUUCGCUAUUUCAUUUGACCUCUUUUUCGUAAGAGUUUCAUUUUCCCCGUUUAUUUGUUUCGUAAGAGACAUUUAGUGGCAUAUCAUGGGUGGAGCUUUUCCAGGGAAGUUGGUGAGGCAAAACGUCGUCGAACUAGCAAGGUCUGAUUGUCAGGUUGAAUAAAAUGUCGCACUGCAUCAAUUCCUAUCAUUACAGAUACGUGAUUUAUAUCACACAGAUAUUCUUAAGUUCCUUAGUUCGAAAAAAAGAUUAAUUUCCAAACCGACAAAGUCCUAUAUAAAUCAGCUGUAGUUGGUAAGGACUGCCCCACCAACUGUAUAUGGAAGCAUCGCCCUGUUUGAAAUUACAGCCGGUGACCCAGCAAUGGCGUUCGAGAACUCUGACAUAAUGUUGAGAAGCGACCAAUAAAAGUGUUAAAGUUGUGCUUCAAAUUUCCUUUAUCAGUAUCAGUACCUAUAAAGUUGUUUUACGAUAAUGUCAAGGUAAUUUACUUAUCAACUUAUCUAGGCUAUUACCUAAUAUAUGAAAUUAUUCUGACGGAAAUGUGUCAUUGGGAUAUUGGUAGGACUAGGUAUUUCUUAUUUCAAGCGUUCCAACAUUUACCUAUGUCUAUUUCGGGGAAAAAAUGAACAGCACAACUGAGCUCGUAAUAUGCAUUUAGCACAUGGGUGCCUAAUUGAAAAGGGAUUUUCAUUUAUUAGUUGUCGAGUACCUAUUGCCGGGAUUUUUAGCAGGACAGAAUUCGUCGACCAUGCUAUACCUACUUAAUUCACUUUUCAUGUGUAUUUUCUGUCACAAUCGGUACCUACCUAUGUACCUACCGACUUUGUACUCGAGACAUUGCUUUGUAAAUAAACGAGGGCUAAUAAUG